CAUUUGAGUUUAUUUUAUUUUAUUAUUUUUUUUGGUUUCAUAAUUUACUUAUAGUUGUCUUUUCUGUUGCAUUUAAGUAGUAUAUCUUCCACAGCCAGGAGAGGGCGCUAUCAUAUAAAUUGGAGCGUUCAGAGCGUGACGGGGAGAAGGCGUGCCAGCAGAUACAGUCUUUGACCUCGGCCUGGAUCUGUGUUGCAGGAGCUUUUGCUUAUAGGAGAAAGCUAAACUCCAAGCUCUACAAAGGAAUAUUUAAAGUCAUUUAAAUUAGUUCACAUUUUUUGUUUUGUACUUUGUUUAUGUGCAAUAAAUAUCAACAAACAUUCCAUGACAACACUUGGAUUUUCUUGGAUUCAGGCUGUGAGUCUGACCCUGUACGCGCAUUCUCCAGGUGGUUGAAAACAAUAACAGGGGGUUACAGGGAAAACCCAACUUUGUUUUUUGCCAUUACAUUCUGUCAAAGACUAUUGCUGUGAAUUUGUCAAAGACGGAUUUAUGUUGGAACUACACGAUAUGAAGACGAAAGAAACACUUUGAUGGAGGUAUGUGCUUUCAACUUUCAUUAAUCGAGGCCAAAUAUAUAAGAAGAGUGAAAUCACAGCCUAAUUGAAACAAAUGAUAUGCAAAGAUAUGUUGAUUUUUGGAAGGAAUACAAACUAUUUCUACAUUUUUGAGGACUUUUGCAUUGAUUGAAGCAAGAUAAAUAUUUUUUUUGAUUUUUGGAAGUUAAUUUUUUGAUUUGUAUUUUUUGAGAGCCAUGGCUGAUUCUAAUGAAGAAGAAACAACUCCUGUUAAAGACAUGAGAGAAACUGUCGCGCAAUUGCGGUCAUCUAGAGGAGGAAAAAUGUCACAUGUAACACGGAGAAUGAACAUUGUGAAUGAUUUAAUGAUUGAGCCAGAGUUUCUUGAUGAAGUUAAACAAAACAUGAUCAAGUUUAAUGAAUUUCUUGAAGAGUUCAAAGUCGUGCACGCUUCCUAUAGUGAAAUGUUGGAUGAGGAGGCAAAACAAGAAGACCACGAAUCAUGGUAUCAGCCUAGAUAUGUACAGAUAAUGGCUUUUAUGGCUAACGUUGAAAAAUGGAUGUCAGCCAUAGAAAACCCAGGUUCCCAAGCUUUAGUUGAAGACUCCUCUUCUGUCACCCAAGUAGAGGAUUCUGAUAUUGAUGCCCAAUCAUUUAGAUCACAUACAUCGUCAGUAUCAUUGCGCAUUAGUGCAGAGGCAGAGAGAGUAGCUUUAAUAGCUAAAGCUGCAAAGCUGCAAGAAAGGCAUGCAAUUGAGGAGCAGGAGCAUAUUCUGAGAAAAAAGAGAGAAUCUUUAGAGUUGCAUUCUGAAAUUGAAGCCACUACUGCAAAAAUUAAUUAUCUGAAAGAAGCUGAAAUAGAAAUGUAUAAACCUGCCCAGUCUGAUAUCACAGUUCAGAUACCUUUGUUAGGUGCAGAAGCAGAUGAAGUGAAGACAAAAUCAAUGGAUGAAAAGUUUGAUAGCUCACUUUAUCUCCAUGACAGGACUUCUCCAGUAGUUAGAACCAGGCCAGGUGUUCAGGUUCAACCUCCUCUACUUAAUUUAGGCCCAGAUAGGUAUCACAGCAGACCUGUUUUUCAGCCCAGGGCUAGCAGUGAUAUCCGGCCACAACUACAGCAGACCUCAGCUCACAGUAUUCCUCCUGUUAUCUCCCAAUCACUUGCAAGUUCAGUCCCAGCCAUUCAGUCCACUGUAUCUCAAUGGCAAAUUCCUACACCCAGAUCAGCACAGGAAAGCCAUAUGAUCAAAAUUAUGGAAAAGCAGAGUGAAUUAACAAAAAUUCUUAUGAAACAGCAACUUCUGUCUACACUACCUCAAGGUAGCAUUCCACUCUUUGAUGGACAAGUUCUUGAGUACAAGUCAUUCAUUCACUCCUUUGAAAAUAUGGUUGAAAGCAAAACUGAUAACAAUAAAGAUAGAUUGCAGUUUCUUAUUCAAUAUACAAGAGGCCCAGCACAAAGGCUGGUCAAGAGCUGCGAGUACUUGUCACAAGAUAGAGGCUACCAGAGAGCAAAGGAGUUGCUGAAGGAAAACUUUGGAAACGAAUACAAGAUCUCUUGUGCUUACUUGGAAAAGGCCCUAUCCUGGUCCCAAAUAAAAUCUGAGGAUUGUAAAUCACUACAGGAUUAUGCCAUGUUCCUUAGGAGCUGCUGCAAUGCUAUGGAAGAAAUGGAAUAUAUGGAGGAGCUAGAUACCAUAUCCAAUAUGAGAAGCAUUGUGCUCAAGCUACCGUACAAGCUUCGGGAGAGAUGGCGUAACAAGGCUUAUGAGCUGCAAGAACAACGUAGUCGUAGGGUAAGGAUUUUAGAUUUAGUCUGCUUUAUUGAAAAACAAGCUCGCAUAGCAGCUGAUCCAGUAUUUGGUGAUCUUCAAGAUCAGUCGGCUAGCAGAGGAAAGGCUAGAUCCCCAGUCAAAUCACAGGUCUCGAAGUCAUCUGGCAGUAGUUUUGCCACUAGUAUAACUAUUGCCCAAAAGCAGAUGAAGUUUGAUCUUUCUUGCCCCUUCUGUAGCGCAAGACACACAUUGGACAUGUGUAAAGACUUUUUAAAGAUAACACAUAGAGACAAGCUCAGUUUUUUAAAGACCAAAGGCAUUUGCUUUGGAUGUCUCUCCACAGGCCACAUUAGCAGAGACUGCAAAAGGCGUCUCAGCUGUAAAGUAUGUAAGCAGGCUCACCCUAGUGUCCUACAUAUUGAGGCCAAAGAUAGUAUCGUCGAAAAAGCAGAAAGACCCUCUAAUGCUACAGGCGGUGCAUCGGCAGGGUUAUGUGGUCAUAUAGGGGCCGGAGAUCAAGAGAGUGUGCUGUCCAUUGUCCCAGUUCAGGUUAAGGCAGCAAAGGGCAGCCAAAUCUUACAGGUGUAUGCUCUCCUGGACCCUGGAUCCUCUGCCACCUUCUGUUCCGAGGAUCUUAUGUUUCGGCUCAAUCUGAAAGGUAGAAAAGCACACAUUCUUCUACGCACAAUGAAUCAAGAAAAAACUGUUCCAACCCAUGUUGUAUCUGAAGUAGAAGUUUCAGCACUAGACAGCAAUAACUUCUUACCUCUUCCUGAUCUCUUCACUCAAAAAGAAAUGCCAGUUACCACAAACAGCAUUCCCAAGCAGAAAGACUUAGCACAAUGGAAGUAUCUAAGUCGAGUCAAACUUCCCAGCAUUAAUUCAAAGGUGGAGCUGUUGAUUGGCACGAAUGCUCCAAAGUGCUUAGAACCAUGGGAGGUUGUUAAUAGUCAAAAUGGGGGCCCCUACGCAGUUAGAACCUUAUUGGGGUGGGUUGUAAACGGGCCACUGAGAAGUGCUGAUGGCAGUGCAGAGAGUGUGACUGUGAAUAGGAUAUCAGUUGCAAGUCUAGAACAACUUCUGAUCUCACAGUAUAAUCAGGAUUUUAGUGAGGUAGUAUCGGAGGAGAAGACUGAAAUGUCAGUUGAGGACAGAAGGUUUUUAGAGAUAGCCAAUGAGGCGGUCUUACAAGAUGGACAUUACUAUCUGAAGUUGCCCUUUAGGAAAACUGAUAUCAGCAUGCCUAACAAUCGCCAAGUUGCUGAACAGCGCCUCCAAACUCUGAAAAGGAAAAUGAAAAAAGAUGAACAAUACAAACAAGAAUAUAUUGCCUUUAUCAAUGACAUCUUUGAAAAUCAUUAUGCAGAGGAGGUCCCAGAGGAAGAACUCACACAGGCACCUGGGAAGGUAUGGUACAUACCACACCAUGGAGUGUACCACCCCAAAAAGAAGAAACUUAGAGUGGUGUUUGAUUGUGCAGCUACUUACAAAGGUGUAUCCCUCAACACAGAGCUACUACAGGGUCCUGAUCUGACCAAUUCUCUUGUCGGAGUCAUUUGGAGAUUCCGCAAAGAACCUAUAGGAAUUAUGGCUGACAUUAAGUCAAUGUUCCAUCAGGUGGGAGUAGAGAAAUCAGGUGUGGACUACUUGCGCUUCCUGUGGUGGCCACAGGGUGACACCAGUCAAACCCCAAAGGAAUACCAUAUGCUUGUGCACAUAUUCGGCGCAGUGUCCUCCCCAAGUUGUGCAAGUUUUGCAUUACAAAAAACUGCUGAUGACAAUGAAAGCUGUUUUCCCCUGCACGUAGCUGAAACAAUCAGGCACAACUUUUAUGUGGAUGAUUGUGCUAAAUCCAUGGCUGAAGAGUCUGAAGCCAUCCAGCUAGUAAAAGACCUCACCACACUAUGCUACAAAGGUGGAUUCCAGCUCACUCAAUGGGUCAGCAAUAAUCGGGCAGUUCUAGCAUCCAUUCCAAAAGAAAAAUGGGCAAAAGAAAUCAAGACACUAGAUCUUGACAAAGACAGCCUGCCAAUCGAAAGAGCCCUAGGACUGCAGUGGUGCGUGGACUCUGACCAUUUCCAGUUUAACAUCAAUUUAAGCCAGAGGCCACAUACCCGCAGAGGCAUACUUUCUGUUGUAAGUUCCAUUUUUGAUCCCCUCGGAUUUCUUGCUCCUCUCAUUCUCCCAGCCAAGCAGUUGCUACAAGAGCUCUGCAAGAGAGGCUUUGGAUGGGACGAACCUUUGCCCCAAGCUGUAGUAGACAGGUGGGAAGAAUGGACAAACAAUUUAGAAAGAAUAAAAGGCUUCAGUGUUGCACGUUGUUUGAAACCAAAAGGCUAUGGGACAACAAAGUGUGCAGAACUACACCACUUUGCUGACGCCAGUGAGAAUGGCUAUGGCUCAGCAAGCUACAUAAGACAAGCUAAUGAACAGGACAUUAUACAUGUCACCUUUCUCAUGGGAAAGUCCAGAGUCCUUCCUUUAAAGAGCAUCACAGUACCACGUCUGGAGUUGGCCGCUGCAGCAUUGUUGGUAAAGGUGGACAAAAUGCUAAGGAGAGAACUACAUCUACCCUUAAAGCCUUCCGUUUUCUGGACUGACAGCCAAACCGUACUUAAGUACAUUAGAAGUGACACUGCAAGAUUUAAAACGUAUGUAGCAAACAGGGUCUCGCUGAUUCGGGAUAACUCGGAGCUGUCCCAAUGGAGAUACGUAAGAAGUAAAGACAAUCCAGCUGAUGAUUCCUCGAGAGGAUUGAGUGCAGGCAAAUUCAUGGAGCAAAGGAGGUGGAUGCAUGGCCCAGAGUUCCUAUGGAAACCUGAGGAAGGUUGGUUAGAGGUGAAGGCAUUGGGCUCAGUGUUACAGGAUGAUCCAGAGGUUAGGAGAAACACUACUGUGUUUACAACAGUGGUGAACACUGAAUCACCCACAGACCAGCUUAUUUCAUACUUUUCAAAUUGGAUUAGGCUACUUAAAGCAGUGGCAUGGUACAUCAAACUAAAAAAGGCCUUGAGACUGAGAAUCAAAAAACAAAAGGGCUCUCCAUCAUAUCGAGUCGUUACCCGCUCCCACAGCCAAAGGGCGAGCCCAAAAUUGGAGGUUUCUAGGACCAAACCUGGUGGACAACUCCUCACAGUGGAAGAUCUCUUAGAGGCAGAAAGGUCAGUAAUCUUUUAUGUUCAGAGGCAAGCAUUCCCAGCUGAAAUUUCAACACUGCAAAUGACCCCACCUAAAGUGAAAAGGAGCAGCAGGAUCUGUAGGCUUGAUCCUGUGCUAGAUGAAGGCAUCUUAAGAAUAGGUGGCCGGAUGCAUAAAUCUGCCAUGCCUGAUGAAACCAAACACCCCUGUAUCUUGCCCAAAGAUUCACACAUUUCAAUUCUUCUUUUAAGACACAUUCAUGAACGCUGUGGUCACAGUGGCAGGAACCACAUGCUCUCAGAGCUCCGUAAAAAAUAUUGGAUUAAUAAGGCCAACUCUUUAGCAAGAAAGGUGCUCUCAAGAUGUGUCAUGUGUCGACGUUUGAAGGGCAAAGCCGGUGAGCAGAAAAUGGCAGAUUUGCCGGUAGAAAGAAUCCUACCUGACCUCCCUCCCUUUACCAAUGUCGGAUUGGACUACUUUGGCCCGAUUGAAGUGAAGCGAGGAAGAAGCACCAUUAAAAGGUAUGGAGUUCUGUUUACAUGUAUGUCCAGCAGAGCUGUUCAUUUGGAAGUAGCUUUCUCCUUAGACACUGACUCAUGCAUUCACGCUUUGAGGAGAUUUGUUUGCAGAAGGGGGCAGGUUAAGCACAUCAGAUCUGACAACGGAACAAACCUGGUGGGUGCUCAGGUGGAGCUCAAAAAAGCUCUGAUGAUGCUGGACAAGUCAAAGAUCCAGGAUGCCCUGCUUCCUGAUGGAAUCGAAUGGAGUUUCAACCCACCAGCAGCAUCGCACCAUGGCGGAGUCUGGGAAAGGCUUAUUAGAUCUGUUCGUUACGUGCUGAACUCCACACUCCAUCAACAGUCAAUCGAUGAUGAGGGUCUUCAAACUCUGUUUUGUGAGGUAGAGGCUAUUCUAAACAACCGUCCUCUCUCCACAGUGUCCUCAGACCCAUACGACCUGGAACCGCUGACCCCAAACCACAUCCUCCUCCUAAAAACCCAGCCCAUUAUGCCUCCUGGAAUCUUCCUGAAUUCAGACCUUUAUGCUAGACGCCGCUGGAAACAGGUUCAGUACAUGGCAGAUCUUUUCUGGCAUAGAUGGACCAAAGAAUACCUUCUUCUACUCCAGGAAAGGCAAAAAUGGACUGUAGUGAAGAAGAAUCUGAAUGUUGGAGAUCUGGUUCUAGUGGUUGACCCCACUGCUCCUAGAGGAUCAUGGCCAUUAGGAAGAGUUCUAGAGACCAAGCCUGAUCGAAAGGGGCUAGUCCGAUCCGUGAAGCUCCAGACACAGACUUCAAUACUUGAUAGGCCCAUUACCAAGCUGUGCCGAAUUCUGGAGACUGAAGAAUGUCCGGCGCCUCCUAAAGAUCACCAAUAAGGGAUGUAAUGUAUACAUAUAUACUUAUUUUUCUAAAACAUUUAAGAGAUUAUUGAUUUCUGGCUCCUUUUUUUUUUUUAAUUUAUUUUAAAUAAUUGAUUCUAUAGAGAACAAUUAGGGGCCGGUGUGUAGGAGCCGCAUUUGAGUUUAUUUUAUUUUAUUAUUUUUUUUGGUUUCAUAAUUUACUUAUAGUUGUCUUUUCUGUUGCAUUUAAGUAGUAUAUCUUCCACAGCCAGGAGAGGGCGCUAUCAUAUAAAUUGGAGCGUUCAGAGCGUGACGGGGAGAAGGCGUGCCAGCAGAUACAGUCUUUGACCUCGGCCUGGAUCUGUGUUGCAGGAGCUUUUGCUUAUAGGAGAAAGCUAAACUCCAAGCUCUACAAAGGAAUAUUUAAAGUCAUUUAAAUUAGUUCACAUUUUUUGUUUUGUACUUUGUUUAUGUGCAAUAAAUAUCAACAAACAUUC